CCUCGUGGCCUCACAGGUCCAAAUAUAACGACGUGAGUUUUCGCAUAGUCGGCGAUUAAGCAAACAUAGAAAGACACAACUUCAGACGAAGAGAAAACAGAGAAGAAAAAUUUGCGUAACAGAAUGGGAAUAGUGGAGGAAGCUCACAACGUGAAAGUUUUGGGAACAGGAAAUAGGUUCAUUGUUCUAGCUCACGGAUUCGGCACGGACCAAUCUGUGUGGAAACACUUUGUACCUUAUCUCGUUGAUGAUUUUCGUGUUGUUCUUUAUGAUAACAUGGGUGCCGGUACUACUAACCCUGAAUACUUCGAUUCUGAACGCCAUUCAACUUUAGAAGGACAUGCGUAUGAUUUACUUGCUAUUUUAGAAGAACUGCGAGUUGGUUCCUGCAUAUUUGUUGGUCACUCUGUUUCAGCAAUGAUUGGUGCUAUUGCUUCUAUUUCACGCCCUGAUCUCUUUGUUAAACUCAUCAUGGUCUCAAGUUCACCAAGGUAUUUGAACGAUGUGAAUUACUAUGGGGGAUUUGAGCAAGAAGAUCUGAACCAAUUAUUCAACGCAAUGGCAGAAAAUUACAAAGCAUGGUGUUUUGGUUUUGCUCCUCUAGCUGUGGGUGGGGACAUGGAGUCGGUAGCAGUACAGGAGUUUAGUCGAACAUUGUUCAACAUGAGGCCAGACAUAGCUCUAAUAGUGUCAAGGACAAUUUUUCAAAGUGACAUGAGGCAAAUUUUGAACCUUGUUACUGUCCCUUGCCAUAUUAUACAAGCUGAAAAAGAUAUGGCUGUUCCAGUGAUGGUUUCAGAGUAUUUACAUCAACACUUAGGUGGUGAGUCCAUUGUUGAGGUCAUGGCGACGGAUGGUCAUUUACCGCAGUUAAGCUCGCCAGAUAUUGUCAUUCCUGUGCUGCUUAAACACAUUCAACUUGACAUUGAACCGACAAGCUUCCAGAGAAGCUACCCCACUUUCCAAAACUCAGAGGCUUCUUCAACAAACACAACUAAAUCUGAGGCUUCUACGCUGAUGAAAAUGGAGGCGGAUUUGUAAUUUGAAAAGAAAAUGUUGGCGCUAGCUUGCCAACGAUAAGAUGAAGAAACUAUAGCAUUAAGAAGAAUAGGAUAGGAUAAGUUAAUGAUCCAGGAAGAAGGGUAAACUCAUCAAAGAUGCAUUAUGUCCCCAUUUUCUUGUAUGAAGAAAGGAAAAAUUACAGUAGAUACAUUAUGUUUUCUUCUUUCUAUUCUCUCUGAAAAAAAGUCUUAUUUUCUUCUCAUUUUACUUCUAUUUUCUCACGUUUCUUUUUCUUGUCUACCAAACUACGUGUUGGUGCAACUUGUGAAUCAUAUCUAAAGAUGUGCUACAUGGAUAAGGAUCCUUUUAUCUA